UUUGAAGAUACCCUAAACAAGAAAAGAAAGGAAGAAGGAGAUGGAUAGCUCAUCAGCAAUAGCGGCAAAAAAGAGAAAGCCAAGAACCCCGGCAACUCCUGGUGAAGAUACAGAAGUGAUAGCUCUGUCGCCGGCGUCUCUGACGGCGGCGAGCAGAUUCUUCUGCGACGUCUGCGGAAAAGGGUUUCAAAGAGAGCAGAACUUGCAGCUCCACCGCCGGAGCCACAACUUGCCUUGGGGGCUCAAGCAACGAACCGCCGCCGGCACUGCGGCAAGGCGGCGCGUGUACGUUUGCCCAGCCCCGAGCUGCCCCCACCAUGACCCGUCCAAAGCCCUCGGCGAUCUCUCCGGAAUCAAGAAACAUUUCUGCCGGAAACACGGCGAGAAGAAGUUCGGCUGCCACCGCUGCGGCAAGAAAUACGCCGUCCAGUCCGACAUCAGAGCCCACGCCAAGAUUUGCGGCACCAAAACGUAUCAUUGCGACUGCGGCGUCAUGUUUAACAAGUGGAACGACUUUGCAAGGCACAAGGAAUACUGCGGCUUAUUAUUAGCACAAGCCAUUGCGAAAACACCGCCGGUUUCCAGUCUGCACCCACCGCCGUCUCUAGCGCUGUCCAUGGCGGCGUCAGAAAUAGAAUUCCCUGCAAGUGAGGAUGGCCACGAGGAAACACUUGAUGCUUCUGCCGCCGGCAACCUUAUUAAGCUGAAGGCCGGAGAUUCCCCGUCAACAUCAUCAGCUCCGGCGAGACAAUCAUUGAUGGCGGCCUCCAAGUCAAUGGCGUCUUGUUCUGAUGAUUUUUUUGGUGCUUUAAUGGAGCCAACGCUGCCGCUCUCUUUUCUAUGUUCUCCUCAUCAUCUCGCCGCCACCAACGCUGCAUCGUCGUCUCAGUAUCCUUCGCCGGCGCUAUCCGCCACCGCACUGCUUCAGAAGGCGGCGCAAGUAGGCUCAAUUUACUCCGCCGGUGGUUCGUUUCUUCAUGGACUCGGUUUAUCAACGAUGAGCGGUUUCAAUAAUAAUCCCCUGCAGAAUAAUGGCGCUAUCAUGAAAUGGAAUAAUGGUUAUGCAGCAACACCUGAAAAUACUACGUCAAUGGUUUCCUCCGGUGGGUUGCCGGAUUCCAUGGUGGACCAGCGGGAAUCUCCGGCGGUGAUAUUCAGUCCCCAGCAGCCAUAUCUGAUCUGA